GCUCAUCUCAUCGCUCCACCCGGACCCAAAUCCAACAACGCCGGCGAAGCAUCCAGGCCCAGACCCCGCCGCUCCGAUGGCCCGCACGAAGCAGACGGCGCGCAAGUCCACCGGCGGCAAGGCGCCGCGGAAGCAGCUGGCGACCAAGGCGGCGCGCAAGUCGGCCCCGGCCACCGGCGGCGUGAAGAAGCCGCACCGCUUCCGCCCGGGCACCGUCGCGCUGCGGGAGAUCCGCAAGUACCAGAAGAGCACGGAUCUGCUCAUCCGCAAGCUCCCCUUCCAGCGCCUGGUGAGGGAGAUCGCGCAGGACUUCAAGACGGACCUCCGCUUCCAGAGCUCCGCCGUGUCCGCGCUGCAGGAGGCCGCCGAGGCGUACCUCGUCGGGCUCUUCGAGGACACCAACCUCUGCGCCAUCCACGCCAAGCGCGUCACCAUCAUGCCCAAGGACAUCCAGCUCGCCCGCCGCAUCCGCGGGGAGCGCGCCUAGGUUUUGGGUCGCCGCCGGUGACACUGGGUGGUUGCUGUUCCUGUCUGGUGAUCCUGAUCCGGAUGUGUGCUGGGUGCUUCUGUUUGUUCGUGUUGAUAUGAUGUGUGUCCUCUUGUCUGUCCCGAUGCUGGAAUGAAAUGGCAAUGCAAAGUUCAGUUAUCAUCUGAUGCCUCUGUUUGCUGCUUGAUUGCUUUGUGAUUUUUCAGUGGUGUAGUUGUAAAAUGAAGCACGGUUAUGCAGUUGUAAAAUGAAGUUCAGUUAUCAUCUGGAUUUUGUGGUUU